AUGGGUGUGGUGGAAAAGACUCCGAUGGCGAUGUAUGAAGGCCAGAGGAAUUUAUAUCUAAAGAAAGAAAAUGUUCUAAUGGUUCACUGUGUUAAACAAGGGGGAGGGUGCCGCCUCAUCCUCCACUGGGGUCUCUGUCACUACUUCACUCUUAGAAAUACUAUUUUAGCUUUUUAUUACAUUGAGAUGGAUAUUAUAUGUACAAGGCAGGGACACAGUAAGCGUAUCAAAACAAACACAGAAGACAAGAACAAGGCACACAAACACAGAAGACAGGAACAAGGCACAGGAACACAGAAGACAAGAACAAGGCACGGAAACACACAACACAGGAACAAGGCACGGGAACACAGAAGACUAGAACAAGGCACGGAAACACACAACACAGGAACAAGACACGGGAACACAGAAGACAAGAACAAGGCACGGAAACACAGAAGACAAGAACAAGGCACGGGAACACAUAAGACAAGAACAAGGCACGGGAAUACAGAAGACAAGAACAAGACACGGGAACACAGAACACAGGAACAAGGCACGGGAACACAGAACACAGGAACAAGGCACGGGAACACAGAACACAGGAACAAGGGACGGGAACACAGAACACAGGAACAAUUCACGGGAACACAGGAACAAAGCACAGGAGCACUUGAUGACAUGGACGACUUCAGCCUCCACGUGCAGCGCUAUCGGCCGGAGGAACUGGAUAAGCUCGCCAAAACGACCAAAUUCUCCAGGAAGGAAAUCCAACUCAUCUACAGAGGGUUCAAGCAGGAAUGCCCAACGGGACUCAUUGACGAGGAAGGAUUUAAAGGAAUUUUUUCUCAAUUUUUCCCUCUUGGAGAUGCAACACACUACGCCCACUACGUCUUCAACACCUUCAAGAGAAACAACCAAGGCCAGAUAAGUUUCGAAGACUUCCUGGCGUCGCUGUCGACGGUGUCCCGCGGGACGACGCAGGAGAAGCUGCAGUGGAUCUUCGGCCUCUACGACGUGAACAACGACGGCCUCAUCACCAAGACCGAGAUGGUGGACGUCGUCACCGCCAUCUACGAGAUGAUGGGCCGCUCCACCGAGCCGCAGGUGGAGGAGACGUCCGCCAAGGAGCACGUGGAGAAAAUCUUUCAUCUGAUCGACACGAACCAAGACGGCGCCAUCACCAUCGAGGAGCUGGCCGAAUGGGUGUCCCGCGACGACACCAUCAUUCAGAGCCUCAGCAUGAUGGACACCGUACUCUACACCCGUCGAGAUCGUGGUGCUGACGGCGCCCCUCCGCCCACACGCCCGUCGCUCAGCCAGCCCUGA